ACAGGGGAUGCCAUGGAGAGCAGCAAGCCUGGUCCACGACAGGUGGUUUUGGUUCACAAAGAGCAGCAUUCCUUUGAGCUAGAUGAGACUGCCUUGGCCAGCAUCCUCUUGCAGGACCACAUCCGAGAUCUUGAUGUUGUGGUGGUGUCAGUGGCUGGUGCCUUCCGGAAGGGCAAGUCCUUCAUUCUGGACUUUAUGCUGCGAUACUUAUAUUCGCAGAGGGAAGAUGGCCAUUCAAAUUGGUUGGGUGACCCAGAAGAACCGUUAACAGGAUUUUCAUGGAGAGGGGGAUCUGAUCCAGAGACCACUGGGAUUCAGAUGUGGAGUGAAGUUUUCACGGUGGAGAAGCCGGGUGGGAAGAAGGUUGCUGUUGUUCUGAUGGAUACCCAGGGGGCAUUUGACAGCCAGUCGACUGUCAAAGACUGUGCCACCAUCUUUGCUCUGAGCACCAUGACUAGUUCUGUGCAGAUUUAUAAUUUGUCUCAGAACAUACAGGAAGAUGAUCUUCAACAGCUGCAGCUCUUCACAGAAUACGGUCGUCUGGCAAUGGAUGAAAUUUUCCAGAAACCUUUCCAGACACUGAUGUUUUUGGUUCGGGACUGGAGUUUUCCUUAUGAAUACAACUAUGGACUUCAAGGAGGAAUGGCAUUUUUGGAUAAACGUUUACAGGUAAAGGAACAUCAGCAUGAAGAAAUUCAGAAUGUUCGAAACCACAUUCAUUCAUGUUUCUCCGACGUCACCUGCUUUCUCUUACCACAUCCCGGACUCCAGGUGGCCACAAGUCCUGAUUUUGAUGGAAAAUUAAAAGAUAUUGCUGGUGAAUUCAAAGAGCUGUUGCAGGUACUGAUACCAUAUGUAUUAAACCCAUCUAAGUUAAUGGAAAAGGAGAUCAAUGGCUCAAAAGUCACCUGUCGGGGACUGCUGGAGUACUUUAAGGCAUAUAUUAAAAUUUAUCAAGGGGAAGAUCUGCCUCACCCCAAGUCCAUGCUUCAGGCCACUGCUGAAGCCAACAAUCUAGCAGCAGCAGCUUCUGCCAAGGACAUUUAUUAUAACAACAUGGAAGAGGUGUGUGGGGGCGAGAAGCCUUAUUUGUCUCCAGACCUUCUAGAGGAGAAGCACUGUGAAUUCAAGCAGCUUGCUCUGGACCACUUUAAGAAGACCAAGAAGAUGGGCGGGAAGGAUUUCAGCUUCCGUUACCAGCAGGAGCUGGAGGAGGAGAUCGGGGAGCUCUACGAGAACUUCUGCAAGCACAACGGCAGCAAGAACGUCUUCAGCACCUUCCGGACGCCGGCAGUGCUGUUCACAGGCAUUGUGGCCUUGUACAUCGCUUCAGGCCUCACUGGCUUCGUCGGUCUCGAGGUCGUGGCCCAGCUGUUCAACUGCAUGGUGGGACUGCUGUUGAUAGCGCUCCUCACCUGGGGGUACAUCAGGUACUCUGGCCAGUACCGUGAGCUGGGUGGCGCUAUUGACUUUGGCGCAGCCUACGUCCUGGAGCAGGCUUCUUCUCAUAUUGGCAAUUCCACUCAGGCUGCGGUUGCCGGGAGACCACCUGUGGAUAAAAAAGCUCAGUAGCAUCUUGACACGAGGAUCCAGCGAGAACUCGGCCGGCCCCUCUGAUUUCUGGGCUUCUGCUGCCGACACAGGUCCACAUCCAGAGGAAUGGCAGAGCUGAGACCCUCCGGGAAGAGCUGGAACCCGGCACCAUAAUAAAUGAACUGGCCCCU